AUGCAAAGUAGAGGUAGGUCCGCAUCUCCUGUAGUUGGCAGGCGACGAAGAUCAUGUCGGUGGUCUCGCGAGAAGGCGGAAGCCGCACUGGCUUUCCGGCAGGAGACAUUUUUCCAGAUGGUGGUUCAGGCAGUUGAGAAGAAUGCGAGUGAACAUCUUCCUAAAGAUGUUCGGCAGCGACAUUCCUCUGUGACUAUUGCAGAGUUGGCGGUUCACGUUUCGCCUGUAGGGAUGGAUGAUUGUGGAAUCCCCGAAAUUCUGGGAGACUUCUCAUGGACGUCACGUCACCUGAACGAGCGCCAUCAGAUGAUCCAUGAGUUGAGGAUUACAGCGCUUGUAGAUCUCCGCAGGGAUUGCGUCCGACCCGGCUCUUUCCCGCUGGAGAGUUGCUACACGACCCUGAUGGUUUCGUGGAGAGAUGACGGGAGGUCGAGGUCGGUGUUAGUCUCCAUUUGGGGCAGACGGGCGAUGGCGACGUCGGAGGUGGCGAAGGGACGGCUGAGGAUGGUUCUGAAGUACUCAUCCCAUCCUUGUAAAAUUGGUGUCUUCUCAGUGAGUAGGGUAAUGCCGUCAGCGCUGAGAACAAAAGUAGUUCCUUCGGUUGGCGGACCGAAGACAGCCUUGAUCGCAACGAAGAAGUCCUUCCGUUAGUUGUUGUCCGCGUACCCUUGGAUCUCCUCGGUCGUGCGAGCCGUCCAAGCAUCCUUUUUUUCGCGCAGCCGCUGUUGUACAAGGCGGUGACUACGGUAUAAGCUCUGCUAUCGCUGGUGGGGCGGUUGACGUAGGCUUUGUGCAGGCGGUUCUUCUCGACGAGCAGGUUGCUGAUGGCGGCGUCAUUGUCAUCGAAUUAGUCCUGGUGUUGGCGACGUGCACGACCGAGGACAGCCAGGACCGUCGAUUAGACUGUGUCUCGCAGUUGACACCAUCGGUUCUCCAUGGAGGCGUUAGCGUCAGCGGCGACGACAGCAGCAGCGGCGACUGGAAGGUUGGCUAG